CUGUCUUCUAUGUUUGAAACUAGCUGGUUCUACUUUGAAACUACCGAAACAUCCAUUAUCGGACGCACUGUCAAACUCUCCCUCUCUUCCUGGAUUGAUUUGUGGAUUUGUUAACUUGAAUGGAAGUCAAACUGUUUGAGUUUCAUUGGAGAGUAUACUGAUAUUUUUGUUCCAUUUAUUUUUUUUAUGGCUUCGAGUGGAUAUAGAAAUGGCGCUCACAGGGGAAGUAGUAGCACGAAGCUGGAUCGGCCACUCCCAGCAGCGAACCUCAAAUCUUCCUCGUUUAAAUCCAGGUUUACUCCUUCUCACUCUUCGGGAUCCGCUCUUCGCCGCAGUAGCCCCGCCUCUUUCUCCACCAACGACGGAGUACCUGGAAGAGUUCGAGUGGCUGUAAGACUGCGACCACAGAAUGUGGAAGAAUUAGCUGCAGAUUCAGAUUUCGCUGAUUGUGUGGAGUUGCAGCCAGAGCUAAAAAGGUUGAAACUUCGGAAAAACAAUUGGGAUUCAGACACUUACGAAUUUGAUGAGGUGCUCACUGAAUUUGCAUCCCAGAAGCGUGUCUAUGAAGUUGUUGCCAAGCCUGUUGUAGAGAGUGUUUUAGAUGGUUACAAUGGGACUGUGAUGGCCUACGGUCAGACUGGUACUGGGAAAACUUUUACUCUUGGACGACUGGGAGAGGAAGAUACAUCCGAUCGGGGAAUCAUGGUUCGUUCAAUGGAGGAUAUUUUAGCAGACAUUUCUCCAGAGACCGAUUCUAUCUCUGUUUCAUAUUUGCAGCUUUACAUGGAAACUCUGCAAGACCUGCUUGAUCCAUCAAAUGAUAACAUUCCUAUUGUGGAAGAUCCAAAAACUGGUGAUGUUUCAGUACCUGGGGCAACUCUUGUUGAAAUCAGGGAUCAGCAGAGUUUCGUGGAGCUGCUAAGAAUAGGAGAGACUCACAGAAUUGCCGCCAACACAAAAUUGAAUACUGAAUCCUCUCGUAGUCAUGCUAUUCUGAUGGUACAUGUUCGAAGGUCUGUCAUAGCAAGAGAAGAAAUAAUUUCCAGUGAAAAUGGUGACUCCUCUCAUUUGGUCAAACCUUUUAAGCCACUUGUUCGGAAAAGCAAGCUAGUUGUGGUAGAUCUGGCAGGGUCAGAGCGAAUUCAAAAGUCAGGGAGUGAGGGUCAUAUGCUAGAGGAAGCAAAGUCUAUCAAUCUCUCUCUUAGUGCAUUGGGGAAGUGCAUAAAUGCUCUAGCAGAGAAUAGUGCUCAUGUUCCAAUUCGUGAUUCAAAGCUUACAAGGUUGCUCAGAGAUUCGUUUGGAGGCACAGCGAGGACAUCAUUAAUCGUGACUAUUGGCCCAUCCCCACGACAUCGAGGAGAGACUGCAAGUACCAUACUAUUUGGACAAAGGGCUAUGAAGGUGGAGAACAUGUUGAAAAUAAAGGAGGAAUUUGAUUACAAGAGUCUGUCUAGGAGGCUUGAAGUUCAACUGGACAAGCUCAUUGCAGAAAACGAAAGGCAGCAGAAAGCUUUUGAGGAUGAAGCUGAAAGAAUAAAUAUAGAAGCACAAAACCGAAUAUCUGAAGUCGAGAGGAGCUUUGCUGAUGCAUUAGAGAAGGAGAGGCUAAAAUGCCAGAUGGAUUAUAUGGAAUCAGUCAAGCAGCUGGAGGAGAAGUUGGUGUUGAAUCAGCAAAAGCAUGAUUGUGAUGGCUUCGUGGAUGAUAAAUGUAUUGGGCAGGAGACAGGGCUUUCUGCUGCUGAGAUAAAAAAAUUGCUUGAAAAGGAAAUUAAACUAAGAAAGGCGGCUGAAGAAGAGGUAAAGAAUUGUAAAAGGCAACAAGGACAAGAUAUGCAGUCAGGGGCAGGUGGAGAUCCAGAGGUUUUGAAGCUUCGCAAAAUUCUUGAGGACGAGGCUCAUCAGAAGAAGAAACUUGAGGAAGAAAUAAUAAUACUACGAAGUCAGUUGUUGCAAUUAACUUUUGAAGCUGAUCAGAUGAAAAGGUAUCUUGACAGAAGUGGGUCUGGAAAUGGGUUUGCCGGUCUAGAUUCUUCCAUGUCUCCAUUUAGGCAUCCCCAAUACAGAGACUCUGGAAAUGGACAGAAGGCAUCAAUUGCAACACUCUUUGAGCAAGUUGGAUUGCAAAAGAUCUUGGCACUACUUGAGUCAGAUGAUGCCAACGUACGGAUUCAUGCUGUAAAAGUGGUGGCCAACCUAGCAGCUGAAGAGGCAAACCAGAAAAAGAUUGUUGAAGCUGGGGGUCUUUCUUCCUUGCUGAUGCUUCUUAGAAGCUUUGAGGAUGAAACUGUUCGAAGAGUAGCAGCUGGUGCAAUUGCCAAUCUUGCAAUGAAUGAAGCCAAUCAAGAACUUAUAAUGAUUCAAGGGGGAAUUAGUCUUUUAUCAAUGACAGCAGCUGAUGCUGAGGAUCCUCAAACCUUACGCAUGGUUGCUGGAGCUAUUGCUAAUCUAUGUGGCAACGAUAAGCUACGGAUGAAGCUGAAGACUGAAGGCGGUAUUAAGGCCUUGCUAGGAAUUGUGAGAUGUGAACAUCCUGAUGUUCUAUCUCAAGUUGCACGCGGAAUUGCUAACUUUGCAAAAUGCGAGUCCCGAGCAUCUACCCAAGGGAUAUAUAGCGCCAGAUCUCUUUUGAUAGAAGACGGUGCGCUUCCAUGGAUUGUACAAAAUGCUAAUAAUGAAGCUGCACCAAUCAGGCGUCAUAUUGAGCUUGCACUCUGCCACUUGGCACAGCAUGAAGUAAAUGCAAAGGACAUGAUUAGUGGAGGUGCCCUCUGGGAGCUAGUUCGUAUCUCACGCGAUUGCUCUCGAGAGGACAUAAGGAGUCUUGCCCGUAGGACAUUGAGUUCGAGCCCCACCUUUCGAUCUGAAUUGCGUCGGUUACGGAUAGAUUAUUGAUUCUGAGAUUAAUGGGCUUCCAUUAAUUAAUGCCACUCGCAUCUAGCUAGCGAUCGAGUGUGAGCUAGGAUGCAGAAACUUGAUCUCAUAAUGAGCAUAUAGGCUUGGUAGAAGAGGGGAUCUUUCUCUUGCUCCACAAGGGGUCAUCCCAUAAGCUGGUAUUCACGCCAAUUUUGUGUAAAGGUGGGUUGGUGUUGUGAUCCAUUAUUUUAGCUUCUUUAUUGAGCAUUCAUAACUGUAGCUUAAUGGAAAAGAAAAUGACAAGUAGUGAGAACGAAAAAAAAAGAAGGAAAAUCUUGUUGCUGCACGAUGGUGUCAAAUUCAUUCGAUCGAUUUUCUGGAUCGGUCAGCAUGUCCAGCUAGCACUUGCGUUUCAGUGGUGUAAAUUGAUUUUUAUGGGCAAUGAAAUCAUCAUUCUUUA